UUGGUCGUUUAUGAAUGUUUUGAGCAUUUUGAUCGAUUUUUCAUGGUUGCUCAAAUACACAGAUGCCUUGUAUUCUUAAUUCUAUCUGAAAUAAGUGAAACAUCCAAUACUUUAAAAUUACCGGAAAACUCGGUGACGAUUGAUCCAGAUACAAAACUGAUAUUAUUUGGCAGUGGGAAUGGCAAUCGACUUCCAUCUAAAUUUCUAGAUGAUGGUACCAAUCGAAUGUGGGGUUAUGAAGGUACAAAUGAACUAACUCAGUUUGGUAAGCGACAAGCUUUCGGCUUAGGCAAAGAAGUGAGAGAAUUCGUUGGAUCUCUGCUGAACAAUAAUUAUUUACCGAGUGAGGCUAAAUUCUACACCUCAGAAUUGAAUAAUUGCCAAAUGACUUUGCAAGCAAUAUUAGCAGGAAUUUAUCCACCAGAUACAUUUGCUGAAUGGAAUCAAGCUUUAGAUUGGACACCUGUCCCCUACACAAUCAACGAUACCUUGCUAACGGUCGAUGAUUUAGAACAGUAUAUAAAUGUUCAUAAAGGCUCAUUUUAUUUCUUUUGGUCUUCAAUUAGAAAAGAACAGCUGGAAAGAUUACAGAAGUUAGCAGUGGAAAAAAGACCGCUCUUGGAUUAUAUUGCUAAUGGAACUGGUUGGAAUGCAACUAUCGAGAGCGCUUCAAUAUUGGCUCAAAAUCUGCAGGAAAUAAUUCUUUAUGGUGCAGAUCUUCCCGAGUGGAUUGCAAACCCUUCGAUCGACAAUUAUGAUAGACAACGGUUGUUGGAAGAAAUCAAUUUGUUUUUAGAAACACGAGAAAUCGCUUGCGCUGAAAAUCCUGAAUGUAGACAUAUAAUGGGAGGUGUUUGGUUAGGACAUAUUCUUUCAAUUUUAACUGCUGCUAGUAGAGGAGAAUACAGCGGAAAAAUUGUUGGAUAUGUAUCGCCACACAUGAACAUUCUGUCAUUAAUGAAACUACUGUAUAUAAAGAAAAAUGAGCAACUAGAUUCUGGAGGUUUCCUAAUUGAAUAUCGCGAUAAGCCAUACGCAUCUAUUCGAAUUCGGUCGCAUUAUCCGGUUCAAAUCGAUAAUCAUGUCAUUUCUCAGGCGAAUUACGAAGAACCGCUCGAACAAAUUUCCACUAAAGAUAAGUGGAUAAUUUUUGAGAAAUUUUUUGGUCUGCUAGAGAAUGAGGCUAUCUUUAAUUCGUCAGAUGCUUAUGGUGUCCAACUGCUUAUUAAUAAAAACAGUUCAGCGCCAUCUCUUAGCCCUCAGAUGCAAACGUUUGGUUCAAUUUUUUUCGGUUUUAUACUUGUAGUUUGUAGAUUUUUAUUAUGA